AUGAUACACAGACGGGGAGGCAAACGGAUCCGCAUGGACGAUCCGGUGCCACCGGAAUAUGAGACGCCAAUGACGCCGAUGACUCCGAUGAACGAUAAUUCCGGCGGGGACGCGAACGAUUAUAACGCGUACACGCCGUACAAUCAGGCAUCUCAGACUCCACUGCACAAUCCCACACCGGAGCAUUACUCCUCUGAAAGCUAUAGUUCACCAGGUACAUCUCAACAGCAAUAUCAGGAACAAUCUGGAAAUUUUGAUAAUCAGGCACAAUUCGAGGCACCCGCUACACCAGCGGCUUCUAACAUGAGGAUCACGCGGAACACACGUGCCAGAAUGCGUGGAGGAGUGGUACAACAACCCAAAUACAAAGAAGUUGAUACGGAUUAUGUUCCAUCGUCUGGCACCAGGGGCAGAGGUGGUGGUGGACGAGGACGUAACAAGAGAGCACAUCAUUCGCACAGUUUAGAAGAUGAAGCUAGUCUUUAUAAUGUUAUUAGGAAUAAUCGUUCUUCACUUACUACCAUUGUUGAUGACUGGAUAGAAAAGUACAAAAGUAAUAGGGAAAAUGCACUGCUUAUGCUGAUGCAGUUUUUUAUCAAUGCAAGUGGCUGUAGAGGUCGAAUCACUUCCGAGAUGCAACUGACUAUGGAACAUGUAGCAAUUAUUCGCAAGAUGACCGAAGAAUUUGAUGAAGAAAGUGGUGAAUAUCCAUUGAUAAUGACUGGACAACAAUGGAAGAAAUUCCGCGCAAAUUUCUGUGAAUUUGUGCAAAUUCUUGUUCGGCAGUGCCAAUAUUCAAUUAUCUAUGAUCAAUUUUUAAUGGAUAACGUUAUCUCUUUAUUAACUGGUCUAUCAGAUUCUCAAGUAAGGGCAUUUAGACAUACUGCAACGCUUGCAGCUAUGAAAUUAAUGACAGCUUUAGUAGACGUUGCUUUAACUGUAUCUAUAAAUUUAGACAAUACGCAACGGCAGUAUGAAGCAGAGAGACAAAAAGCUCGAGAGAAAAGGGCGGCAGACAGAUUAGAAUCUUUAAUGGCAAAGCGAAAGGAAUUGGAAGAGAACAUGGAUGAAAUAAAGAACAUGCUUACCUAUAUGUUCAAAUCUGUUUUUGUUCAUAGGUAUAGAGAUACAUUGCCAGAAAUACGCGCGAUUUGCAUGGCAGAGAUCGGAGUCUGGAUGAAGAAGUUUCAUCAAAAUUUCUUAGAUGAUUCCUAUUUGAAAUAUAUUGGUUGGACUUUACAUGAUAAAGUUGGAGAAGUAAGACUUAAGUGUUUGCAGGCAUUGCAACCGCUGUAUGCCUCAGAGGAACUAAAAACAAAACUCGAAUUAUUUACGAGUAAGUUCAAAGAUAGAAUUGUUGCGAUGACGUUGGACAAGGAGUACGAUGUGGCGGUGCAGGCUGUGAAAUUGGUAAUCUCGAUCUUGAAACAUCACAGGGAGAUUCUCACUGAUAAAGACUGCGAGCACGUAUAUGAACUUGUUUAUUCAUCGCAUCGUGCGGUUGCUCAGGCGGCUGGUGAAUUUCUGAACGAACGUUUAUUCCGUCCAGAUGAUGAAGCUAUGGCGGGCGUUAAAACCAGACGUGGCAAGAAACGAUUGCCAAAUACGCCACUCAUACGCGAUCUCGUUCUGUUCUUCAUCGAAUCCGAAUUACACGAACACGGAGCAUAUCUAGUUGACUCGUUGAUUGAAACUAAUCAAAUGAUGAAAGAUUGGGAAUGUAUGACGGAUUUAUUAUUGGAAGAAGCUGGUCCUGACGAGGAAGCAUUGGAUAAUCAGAAAGAAACUUCUCUUAUUGAAUUGAUGGUAUGUUGCAUAAAACAAGCUGCUACAGGCGAAGCACCAGUCGGCCGUGGACCCACUCGAAAAAUUCUGUCAGUGAAGGAAUUGAAACAGGUUCACGAUGAUAAACAAAAGCUUACAGAACAUUUUAUUCAAACGUUACCAGUAUUGCUCGACAAAUAUGGGGCAGAUCCUGAAAAAUUGGCGAAUUUACUCGCAAUCCCACAGUAUUUUGAUUUAGAUAUUUAUACUAAAUCUAGAAAGGAAAUUAAUUUAGAUUCUUUAUUAAGUAAAAUUCACACAAUCGUAGAAAAAAUGCAUGAUACCGAAGUUUUGGAUACUGCGGCUAAAACUUUAGAACAUAUGUGUGUGGAAGGCCACGCUAUCUUUACCAGGUGUGAUGUUGCUCGUUCAACAUUGAUCGAUUCUAUUGUAAAUAAAUACAAAGAGGCGAUCGAUGAAUAUAGAAAUUUAAUUGAAGGAAACGAGGAACCAGAUGAAGAUGAAAUAUUUAACGUUGUUCAGUCACUUAAAAAAGUGUCCAUAUUUUAUGCUUGUCAUAAUAUAAAUCCCUGGGGCAUUUGGGAUUCAUUGUACAAGGAUAUUGAAGACGCAAAGGAUCCUUCAAAAUGUUUACCACACAAGGCAGUUAAAUAUUGUAUAAGUGCAUGUUUCUUCGCCAUCUUGUGGGGCGAAAAUCAUUUGAUGGAAGCUGUAGACUCGGGCAGUCGUGGCGAAGACGAAUGCCGGCAGUUGAAAGAACGAUUGCAUUCAUUCAUGGGUUCAAUGCGCCAUUUUGUCAGUGGUGACAGUAGCGGCACACCAUCGCCGCCAAUCUUGAGAGAAGUUGCAUACAAUACAAUAUGUGACUUGUUAGUAGUCUUUUGCAAUCAACUGACCACACAUACUAAUCCUCUGAUGCAUCAAUUGGUAUAUGAACCAGACCAAGCAAUGCAAAACAUGCUCAAUAGAUUUAUACAAGAGUAUGUCUUCUGCGAAGAGGAAGAUGAUGAACAUGAUGAACACUCUAAAAUCGAGGAGCUACAUAAACGAAGAAAUUUUUUAGCUGGCUACUGCAAAUUAAUCGUGUACAAUAUGAUUCCUACGAAAGCUGCGGCGGACGUAUUUAAGCAUUAUGUCAAAUAUUACAAUGAUUAUGGUGAUAUCAUUAAAACCACAUUAGGCAAAGCGAGAGAUAUCAAUAAAACAAAUUGUGCACUAACAAUGCAACAAAGCUUAAACAUUUUGUAUAACGAAAUAAUGACUGAAAAGGGCAAAGUGAACAGAAACAGUGAAGAAUUUACCGCGAUAAAAGAACUCGCGAAGCGAUUUGCAUUAUCUUUCGGCUUAGACGCUGUGAAAAAUCGAGAAGCAAUUACGGCUUUACAUCGUGCGGGUGUAUUAUUUGUCAUUACUCCACCAGAUGGUGCUGAACAGGAUCCUACAGGACCGCCGCCGAAUUUACCAUUCCUCGAGAUAUUGUCAGAAUUCACAAAUAAACUUCUCAAACAGGAUAAACGUGUAGUACUCAAUUUUCUGGAUAGACGGUUACAAGCUGGAAUGCCGUCUUCACGAGGAGAAGAUUGGCAACCUCUACUAUUUUAUAGAAACAGCUUAUUACAUGGCGAUACCGAUCAAGUCCCGGUUACAAGUAAACGAGCUUAUACGAGACGUAAAAAGGAUCAUUUAGCAGAAGAAGAAGAUGCUGAUGAACCUGAUGAAGGUUCUGAUCACGAACUUGCUGGCAAACAUAAGAAAAAGCGUGGUCCACGGAAAAAUCAAUUACCAGUUAAUAAAGGAAUGGCAACGCGUGGAACAAAAGCAAACACUUUUUAUGAAAAUAAUGAUGGCACACAAACGUCUCCAUCCGCAACUAUAGAGGAUACCUCGACAAGUCCUUCUCAAGAUAUUGAUAACAGGCUUAAGACAUUACAGAUACAGUCAAGAUCACGGCGAAGUCAAGAACAUGUGGAGCACAGGGAAUUGCGGAGAACCUCUAGAAACUCAGGGAGAUAUAUUGAAGGACAAUAUAUGGAAUCUGAUUCCGAAUAAGGGGAUGUUAUAGUCUUUAAAAACUUCACUAUCUCUCUUCUUCUUAAAUUUAGACGAUUGGAUUGUGAUACAUAUUCAAAGCAGCUAUGUGACUUCAAAAUUAUAAAAACAUACUUAAUUUAUAUGGAUGAUAUAGAAAAGCUUUUAAAACGAGUAUUAAUGUUUAUUAACGUUUUGAUAGACGAACGUUAUGUUGCAAAAUAACUGAGAUAAACAAAAUUUAUAAUUUUUCUGCGGAAUUUAUUUCAUUGUCAUGUUAUAACACAUAUAU